AUGUUGGGCCUCCUCUGUGAGGUGGCCCUGAGCGAUCAGCUGGUUUCCUGCCUGAAGGACAUUGCCCACACUGCUCUGAUGCGCUGUCAGCUCCAUCAUGAAGGCCUACAGAGACAGUGUGAAGUGUAUGCGUGUGAUCGUGGUGUGGUUGUGGUGUGGUUGCGGUGUGGUUGUGGUGUGGUUGCGGUGUGGUUGUGUUUGUGGUGUGUUUGUGGUGUGAUUGUGGUGUGGUUGUGGUGUGGUUGUGAUUGUGGUGUGGUUGUGGUUGUGGUGUGGUUUUGGUGUGUUUGUGGUGUGGGUGUGGUUGUGUUUGUGGUGUGGUUUUGGUAUGUGUGUGAUGUGGUUGCGGUGUGGUUGUGGUUGCGGUGUGGUUGUGUUUGUGGUGUGGUUGUGGUUUUGGUGUGUUUGUGGUGUGGUUGUGGUGUGGUUGCGGUGUGGUUGUGUUUGUGGUGUGGUUGCGGUGUGGUUGUGGUGUGGUUGUGUUUGUGGUGUGGUUUUGGUUUGUGUGUGAUGUGGUUGCGGUGUGGUUGUGGUUGCGGUGUGGUUGUGAUUGUGGUGUGGUUGUGGUGUGAUUGUGGUGUGGUUGUGGUGUGGUUGUGUUUGUGGUGUGGUUGCGGUGUAGUUUUGGUGUGGUUGUGGUUGUGGUGUGUGUGGUGUGGUUGUGGUGUGAUUGUGGUGUGGUUGUGUUUGUGGUGUGGUUGUGGUGUGGUUGCGGUGUGGUUGUGGUUGUGGUGUGUUUGUGGUGUGGUUGUGGUGUGUUGUGGUGUGGUUGUGGUGUGUGUGUGUGAUGUGGUUGUGGUGUGGUUUGGUGUGUUUGUGGUGUGGUUGCGGUAUGGUUGUGGUUGUGGUGUGGUUGUGUUUAUGGUGUGGUUGUGUUUGUGGUGUGUUUGUGGUGUGGUUGUGUUUGUGGUGUGUUUGUGGUGUGGUUGUGUUUGUGGUGUGGUUGUGGUUACGGUGUGGUUUUGGUGUGUUUGUGGUGUGGUUGUGGUUGCGGUGUGGUUUUGGUGUGUUUGUGGUGUGGUUGUGAUUGUGGUGUGGUUGUGGUGGUGA